AUGAAAUAUUAAUCAUUGAGCAAUGAUAUAAAGAGAGUUAAAUAAAUUGAAAAGAAUAAGGAAGAUUAAUUGAAUAAACUAAUAACCAAUAUUGGCUAAGAAAUCUAAUAGAAGUAACCAUUUUAAUUACAUAAUUAGCAUAGAUGAUCCAUAUAAAUAUUUAAUCAAAAGAAAUUAUUCAAUUGAAGACAGAACUAUUAAAAAAAGAGACAAUAUUCAAUAACGCAGACCUUAAGGAAGUAUGUCUAUAGCUGAAAUUUGGACAAAGAAGAUGAAAAAGUAAUGUGAUAAAAUUUUGGAAGAGAUGAAAAAAAAAUAAAACAAAUAAAUGUAAAUAUUAUUUUAUAAGAUAGACUGGAUUUAUCAAAACAAUAAUCAAUAGAUAAUAGAUAAAUUGAAGAAUCCAUAUAAUGUAAUCAAUUAUUCUAAAUUUGUUAGCUCCAUAAAUUGCAAGUGUGAUAAUUGAAUAAUUGGGGCUUAAAGCUUUGAUGGGUAAAUCUAAACAUAAAAAUAAAAAUAAAUAAAUUGCCCAGUCGCCACAACAAAAAUAAUUGUCUUAAUCCUAAAUAGUUACACAAUCACCUGAUCCUAUCAGAAAUCGGUUUGCUUCUAAUUUUAAUUUUGAACCAAUCCAAUAUUCUCCUAUUAAGCAAUAUCAUCAUAACAGUCAAAGUACCAGUAGUAGUACAAAAAAUUUGUAUAACGUAAUAAUAUAAGUAAUAGAAUCAAUAGCAACUUUAGAAAGUACAGUAUUAAUAAUGAGAUUAAAAGAGAAGUCAAUAAAUGCAUAAAUGAAUGUGAUUCAUUAAUUCAAAAUUAUAAGGAUGUAGAUAAGUAUAAAUACUGAUAAGAUAUCUUAUAGAAAGUUGAAACAGCCAUAGAAAAGCCGUUUAGAUAUUUUUGUUGAAAAGCAGAGAAAAGAAACAUUGGAAGAACUAAUAUUUAUUGAAAGAAAUAAACCCAAAAAGAUAUAUUGA